AUUCGAUAGUGUGCGGUCGAGUUUGCUCGUGAAUCGAAGAAAAACAUCGUAAAACGGUUAAUAACUUAGUGUAGUGUGUUUUUGUUUGAACGAUUGCAGAAGCAAUCUGCUCAUUGCUAAAUGUGGCAAAAUGUGGAAUUAUUAUACAAAGCUAAUCAGUGCCGAUCGCGUAUUUUGAUCAUCGAAUUGAUUUGAGUGAAAUAUUAUGAAUUAAAAUGUUGCCACUUUACAGUUGUUUUACAGUGCAAUUGUGUAAAUAUCGUAAGAUUGUCGAUUUUAACGUGCAAAUGUUCAACGAAAUGAAAUAUUAGUCUAAAAAAAUGGAAUAAAGUGAAAGCUUGUGCUGUGAAUUUUGAUGAAACAUUUCAAGUAUACAACUAAAGUCGUUAGUGUUUCCGGCCACUAAACCUUGAGAUCCUCAGGAAUGAAAAUGAGUCAGCUGGGAACAGUUUAUGCCACCAAAAGGAGGCGUCGCAAUGGCAAAAGUAUCAAGACUACACCAAAAGAGGGCAUCACGAAAAGCAAUCCUUCCAAAAGACACCGGGAGCGGCUAAACGCAGAGCUAGAUCUUUUGGCUUCGUUACUUCCAUUUGAGCAAAACAUAUUGAGUAAGCUGGACAGAUUAAGCAUUCUUCGGCUGUCGGUGAGCUAUUUGAGGAUUAAAAGCUAUUUUCAAGUGGUGAUGCACAAAGAAAAGGGUGAAAAUGGAUUGAUGCCACACUCCGUUUCAGAGGAAAGCUAUCGGGCGCGAGAUUUUACUUCCUAUGAUCAUAGCUUUAUAGUGGACAGCGACAUGUUUUUGCAGGCACUUAAUGGUUUCAUUAUGAUUCUCACCUGUGAGGGAGAAGUAUUCUUUGCAACACACACCAUAGAAAGCUACCUAGGAUUUCAUCAGUCCGAUAUCAUCCAUCAAUCCGUAUACGAGCUGGUACAUUCUGAAGACCGUGAAGAGCUGCAGAAACAACUGUUGUGGAACUCCUUCCUGCCGGCUGAUCUAUCCGGUAUUCAGCUGUCCGAAGCUUUAGUGCCUGAAAAGGAUAAGCUUUUGGAGCGAAGCUUUACCGUUCGAUUUCGCUGUUUGUUAGACAAUACUUCCGGCUUUCUGCGCUUGGAUAUACGUGGCCGGGUGAAGAUACUACAUGGACAAAAUAAAAAGAAUGAAGAGCCUCCACUUGCUCUGUUUGCAUUUUGUACACCAUUUGGGCCUCCCAGCUUACUAGAGAUUCCACCGAAAGAGAAUAUGUUUAAGUCCAAGCAUAAACUCGACUUUUCGCUUGUUUCUAUGGAUCACAAAGGGAAAAAUACUCUGGGAUAUUCCGAUUCCGAGCUGGCAAACAUGGGAGGAUACGAUUUGGUGCACUACGAUGACUUAGCUUACGUGGCAAGCGCUCAUCAGGAACUACUAAAAACGGGAGCCUCGGGAAUGAUCGCCUAUCGGUAUCAGAAGAAGGAUGGUGCAUGGCAAUGGCUGCAAACAAGCUCUAGGCUGGUGUAUAAAAAUUCCAAGCCUGACUUUGUCAUCUGUACCCAUCGUCAGCUGAUGGAGGAAGAAGGGCGGGAUUUACUCGGCAAACGCACGAUGGAUUUUAAAGUUAGCUAUUUGGAUGCUGGCAUCUCUUCGACCUAUUUCGAGUCAGAACAGUUGAGUAUAGUAAGCUCAAAUAAUAGCAGCGCACCCAGUUCGCCGACCACAUCCCAGCAACGUGCCAAUCGGCGUUAUAAAACACAGCUGCGCGAUUUUCUCUCCACCUGUCGCCACAAGCGCAAGCUACCGAACCAAUGUGCUGCCGAACAGGUUUCGCCUAGUGUGUCCGUAGUGGAUUACAUUCCUGGUGGACCGCCAGGUACGGCGGCCGCGGCAGCCGCAGUGGCUGCAGCUGCCUAUUCCAACAGCAUUAAUAGUGUGUAUUCGCCUGCAGCACACUUUCCCGGUACUGCGCCAGACAACGUGUAUAUGACCGGGCCGGUUCACUCGUCGAAUUUUUACCCGAUGCCCGAUAAUCUUUUCCACCAGUAUCGGCUGCAAGGUGUAAGUGGCUACUAUCCCGAGUAUCAUACCAGCACUAGUGCAUCCACCUUUGUUCCUACUAACGGGCUUAUUCCGUACGACAGUUAUGGAAUCACUAAAGAGGACACCAUGCGAUGGCAUGAGGGGACAAAGAGCUACGGUCCACCCGGCGAGUCAGGCCAAUCGCACCCGGCCAGUGCCGAAUCGUCGCAACAACCGGAUGCACCUAGUGGAUGUGCCACAAGCGAAGCACCAUAUCUGGUUAGUGGCUUUGCUGCAGCUGCAGUCAGUACCGAUCCUCGAUCCCCUCAUGUUCCCAAAGGCUCGUGCCACCAGACUGUUAAAAGUGUUUCCCCACACUCAUCCGAGGAGCUGGUCGAUCCUUGCUGUACGGUAGAUGGUAACGCCACACCGACCAAAGAUUCAAUCGAUCGUCACGCACACCAUGGCAGCCAGGCGCAUCAUGGGCCGCACAGCACACAACACCACCAUCCCGGUACCCAUCAUCAAGCCUCCCACCAUAAUGCUCACCACCACCAUCACCAACAUCACCAAGCUGUGCAACAUCAUCAGGAUAUUCAGCAGCUGCAUCCGCACACGCAUCCUCAUUCGCAUCCCACUCAUCGCCAUCGGAACGGUGAUGGGACGGAGGAACACAAAUUGGGCGGCGUAAAAUCACCGGCCGCUUCCUCGUCGCCUAUCCGCCACAACGAGCCGCAGCGCCAGACCGUUCUGAUGUGGGGUGAUGCUCGACACAAGCGAUACACUGAACGGACUGAAUUAUUCGAUGUUACCAAACGCGAUCGACCAAAAUUGCAUUGCUGAUCUUCGCCGCGAUACAGCUUGGAGCACUGGUAUGGAUAUUAUGCUGAUCAGACGCUCUAAUCACACUUUGAUCCAGCAAGAUUGGACAUAACAUUCGUUCUACGCACACAAUCUACACGAACUACAUAAACAGUACUAUCAAUAAUAGAUAAUUGAGUGUGCAGGGAUCUACAUAUCAGGUUUCCAGAAACGAAAAAGCACCUCCUAAUAACUGUUUUUCGUGACAUUAUGGAAGAUGACAAUGGUUUCAUUGGAUGCAACACGCUUAUUAUAAUGACCUCCUGCAGCUGAUAUUUUUACUAUGUUAGUCUUUCAGCAAACGUGUGAAUAUUCCCACUACCAACAGCAUUUGUGAACAGCUGAUACUUGAAACAUCUGUUAAAAAUAUAAUAAAAUGUCUCUUAAGAUUGAGACACCUUGACUACUAGCUAGAAGAGUAGAUCAGUAAUAUAAUAAAUAAAUAUUAACUAUAAAGUUUAUUUAGUCUGCGGUAUCAAUAUUCAACUAGCUCGUUGUGAUCAAACGUAACUAUUUAUAAUUAAUCACUAUUGUUCACAUUGAAAUCUUAUGUAAACAUUGAAACAAUUAUUUAAAAUAAAGCUAUUUCCUGUGCUUAAAAUCAAACAAACUAUUCAUUA